AUCUGUACUCUGGAAAGAUGAGACAAAGAGAAGAAAUAAGCUUUUAGCUUCCAGUGAUUGAAGAUUUGAAAAAUAGUUAUAAUUCAAUUUACUUGGCUUUUAAACUGUGCCUGUUCAUGCUGAUGAGAUACAGGCUGUCUAUAUCUUUUUCCUGGAGUUGGAUAGCUUUCCAUUGUCUUAAUUUAUUACACAGGAGAGGGUUUUCUAAGCUAAGCUGCCAGUGAUUUCCUGGACUACAACUCUUGAUGAUCUUGGUAUCUCCCCUGCCAGAAGAGAAAAAUGAAGACAGGAAAUUUUGAAAUGGUCACCAUGCUGCUGUCAGCUAUGAUUCUAAUGAAUAUCUUCCAGGUAAAGGCUAAUAUGUUAGACAUGGCAGAUAAUGCAUUUGAUGAUGAAUACCAGAAAUGUACUGAGAGGAUGGAAUUCAAAUUUGUUCCCCAACUGCUCAAGGAAGAAAAAGCAAGCCAUCAGCUCUUUGAGGAUGUGUGGGAAAAUGCAAAAACCAAAUGGGAAGCUCAGAAGACUCAGCUCUCUCUCCCUAUGACGUUUAAGGAUAACCAUGGAAUAGCCCUGAUGGCAUAUAUUUCUGAAGCUCAAGAGCAAACUUCCUUUUACCAUCUGUUCAAUAAAGCUGUGAAGAUGGCUGGCCAAUCUCGAAAAGAUUAUAUCUAUGGCUUCCAAUUCAAAGCUUUUCAUUUUUACCUGACCAAAGCCCUGCAAUUGCUGAGAAGACAUUGUGAGGAUAGCUACAAAGAUGUGGUGUAUAGCACAAUCCAGGGUACUUCAUUUACCUUCGGAGGGCUAAACCAAGCCAGAUUUGGCCAUUUCACCUUGGCACAUUCAGACAAACCUCAAGCAGCAAGUGACGAACACAUUCUGUUAACCAUUCACACAUGCUUUGGGGUUGCCAUUGGAAAAUUUUUUGAUAAAGAAAACGAAAGUGGAAGAAUCAUUAUAAUACCUCUGAAUGAGAUUUUUCAUGUGUCAAAGGAUGGGACUAGCAAUAAUCUUAUCCUUCGAAGCACAAAUAAGACCUGCAGCCAUUAUGAGUGUGCAUUUCUAGGAGGACUAAAAAUGGCAAAUUGUGUUGAGAAAACAGAAUAUUCUCUACCUAUCAAUGUUGCCAGCCCUGGUGAUCAGAAACAGGAGCUUGAAGACCCUGGAAUGAAAAGCCGGGAGUCCACUGUCUCACCUGGUAUGAAGAGCCAUGAACCCAUCCAAAUGCCUGAAUAUAAAAGUCAAGAAGACAUCAAUAAACCUACUCCAGCUCCAGCUCCAGCACCAGCGCCAGUGCCAGUGCCAGCUCCAGCUCCACGUCCCAAAACCCAUCACUCUGCAUCCUCUGGCAAAAUGCUCCUUCCACCAUUUGGGGCAAUCAUCAUUUUAAUCAGCGCUUCUUCUAUAUAUCUCUUUGUUAGUCUGUAAUCAGCUAUAUUCUUUAUUAUUUGAAGUAUACUACAGGGAUCCCACAGGAAAUGAUCAAAAUGAAUGUUAUAUUUUUCACUUGUUGGCCAAAGUCAGUUGAUAAAAUGAGAAUUGCAUAUGUUAUUCACUUUUCAAAUUUACAAAGUUUGUCCAGUUAUGUUGUAGAAUCAUUUUCACUUAUUUGUGUAUUAAUCUUAUUGUAAAAAUGUUAUUUCUGGUUGAAUUCAAUAAAAGAUUUAAGAUUAUUAUAUAUAAUUUCAGACUUGCCAAUAUGAAAAUAUCCAAUGUUAGUGGUUAACAUGAAUUUAAUCCAUAAAUAAGAAUUUUUUUCGGGGGGGGAUGGAUAAAAAUUAUAGUUUACAUUUAGUAUUCUGUAUAUUAAUUUCAGGUGUACAGCAUAGUGGUUAAACAAUAGUGUACUUUAAAAAGUGGUCCCCUCCAUAUUCAAGUAUUCAUCUGGCUGUAAUUUACAUCCCUGCACCUACCAAUUAGUAUAUCUUAAUCCCAUCACCUUUUUACCCACCCCUCCAAUCCCUCUGGUAACCUUUAUGAGUGUUUCCAUCAUACAAGUGAAAUCAUAUGGUAUGCCUUUCUCUGACUUAUUCCACUUAGCAUAAUGCACUGUAUUUAAAAAUGUAGCAAAAAAUGUAGGUCAUCAUGCUGCUGCAAAACAUUUUAAAGAUGAUCUACUUAUCCUUAAAGACUUUUGACUUCAAAUAGUAUCAUCCCUCAAAAUAUAAACUUUAUAUUUCUGUAAACACAAGUUUCCAAGUAUUUCACAUACAUAGUGCCUAAUUUGAAUCUCAGGAAAAUAGUACUGUAUAUGUAUGCUAAAUAAGCAAAGGAAAAUGAGGUGAUAGAGCAUACUACCCUUUUUCCUCUGGGUAUUGUAGUGGUUCACUAGAGACUGAUUUAGGCCAGGGGCUUUGGUAACUGACAGUUGUUCACAUGUUGCCAAUAUUUCAAAAAGGAUUUGAAAAAUAAAAA